AUGCUCUGCUGUCAGCUCCAGUGCGCCUCGUCACCUCGACUAUUGCAGACUACUUCUGACAACUCUUGUGGGGAAAAAGUUAAGUUUACUGACACAUUUGGACAUAUGAAGGAGCGUUUUGCUACUGAUUUCUUAGUGCAGCAGGAUUAAACAGGUAGCACCAUGCAUCUGCUGAGUGGUGUAACAGCGUGUCUCAGUGUGUUUUGGGAUGUCAGACUGCUCUCCCUCCCCUGGCUGUGCAGCCUGUUGGCAGGGCUGGGGCUGUGCUUUGUCUGGAGGGGCUCCUGGAAGUUCAUAUAUAUAGCUAUAUGCACCAUCAAAAGAGACCUAAUGUGUCUGGUUGUGAUACUGCGAGUAAGGUUUUCCAUGUACCGUAAUCUGCGAAAUAGAAGCACCAUCCCUGCCCUUUUUGCACGGAUGGUUACACAGCACCCAGACAAACCUGCUUUGAUCUAUGAGGCUACAGGAGAGGUUUGGAGUUUCAGGGACCUGCAGGAGCGGUGCCAUGCUGUGGCUCACUGGGCCCUGGCUCAGGGGUGGGCCGAGGGAGACGUGGUAGCCCUGUACAUGGAGAGCCAGCCUUCAGUGGUGGCUCUAUGGUUGGGUCUGGCUAUGGUCGGCGUAGAGGCCGCUCUCAUAAACCACAACCUCCGACUGCACUCGCUGCUGCACUGUGUUGGCGUGUCUGGUGCUCGGGCAAUGGUAUUCGGGACAGAGAUGAGAGAAGCGGUGUUGGAGGUACGGGGGUCUCUGCAGCCCCACAUGGUUUUGUUCAGCAGUGGUGAGCAGGUCGAUGAAGAGGAGCUGUGCGGCGCUCAGAGCCUGGAUGCCCUGCUGGAGGGUUUUCCCAAACACCCGCCCCGCUACACACUCAGGAAGGACUUCAACGACAAACUUUUUUACAUCUACACUUCUGGUACAACAGGAAUGCCUAAGGCUGCUGUGGUGGUGCACAGUCGGUAUUUUCGCAUCGCUGCCUUUGGUUUUCACUCAUUUGGCUUACGUGAUGAUGAUGUCAUCUACAACUGCCUUCCCCUGUAUCACUCUGCAGGUACCAUCAUGGGUGUCGGCCAGUGUUUGCUUUUUGGUUUGACUGUUGUAGUCAGAAGAAAGUUCUCAGCCAGUCGCUUCUGGGAGGACUGUGUCAAACACAACUGCACUGUAAUUCAAUACAUAGGCGAGAUUUGUCGUUACCUGUUGGCCCAACCGGUCCGUUCAUCAGAGGCACAUCACCGGGUGCGUGUUGCCAUCGGUAAUGGCCUCCGUCCUACUGUGUGGGAGGAGUUUGUCAAGAGAUUCAGAAUCAGGCGAGUUGGGGAAUUUUACGGCGCCACAGAGUGCAACUGCAGCCUCCUGAACAUAGAUGGACAGGUGGGGGCGUGCGGCUUCAACAGUCGCAUCCUCCCGAGCUUUUACCCCAUCAGGCUGGUCAGGAUGCAGGAGGUGAGCGGAGAGCUGCUCAGGGAUUCACAAGGACUCUGUAUUCCAUGUCUGCCUGGUGAGCUGGGCAUGUUAGUAGGACGGAUCACCGACACUGAUCCUCUCCGGAGGUUUGACGGCUAUGUGGAUGAGGAGUCCACCAAUAAGAAAAUAGCUCACAAUGUCUUCAAGAUGGGGGAUUCUGCUUAUGUCUCAGGUGACAUGCUGGUGAUGGAUGAAUACGGCUACAUAUAUUUCAGGGACCGCAGCGGCGACACAUUUCGUUGGCGAGGGGAGAACGUUUCCACCACAGAGGUGGAGGGGGUCCUCAGCCGCCUGCUGGGACACACUGCUGUAGCCAUCUAUGGAGCGGCUGUACCAGGAGUGGAGGGGAAGGCGGGUAUGGCAGCAAUAGCACACACAGGAGGCCAGUUUGACCUUGAUGCAUUCUUCAUCGCUGUACAGAAAGCCCUGCCGCCCUACGCACGGCCCGUCUUCCUGCGACUUAUGCCAUCUGUUGACACUACAGGUACCUUUAAAAUCCAGAAAACACGGCUGCAGAAGGAAGGUUACGAGCCACAAGACGAGAGUGAGAAGAUGUAUUUUCUGAACAGUCGGGCUGGGUGCUACGAGGCUGUUACUGAGGAACUAUAUAAAUCCAUCAUGGAGGGGACGGCGUGUCUAUGAGACAGAAGAGGCUGUUAAAGAAGAUAAUGUUCAUAUUUUAAAGUGUAAAUAGAGAGAAGGAAAACAUAGGGACCUAUUUACAGACACAAACACGUCUGUAAAUAUCUAUGGUAAAUAAUAAAGUAAAUAUCUGAUUGUGAUGCUUUUUAUUUUCUGCAAUUAAAUAAAAACACAUAUUU